AGUACCUAUUAGAGGCUUUAGCAGAUGUAUGAACAUGAUUUCAAUUCAGAAACUCUGGUUUAAGGCCGGUACAUUGAAAACUAAAUUAAGGACACAUUGUCAUUGAACUUGAGCUCGCCGUUGGCAAUGGUUCUUUCCGUACUUAGUUCGUACAUUUCUGUCCCAUCUAUAUACAGUCCCUUUCGCCCGUAUAAUGUCUAACACAAUAGUUAGAUCGUGACCGCGUUGGCGCAUGGUGGUCAUUGCAACAAACCGACGAAUAAGUUUGCAUUUUCCAUCCCAAGCAAUCUGAAUUCGCGCCAAAAUUUUGACAUUUAACGUCAUUUGCUUAAAAAAAGUUCUUUUUGAGAAAAUCAUGACGGCAAAGGCAAACUUUUAAUAUUGCCAACAGACAGAACGUGCUUUAAUUUUUAAUGUUGUGAUAUUUUUUUAUACGUUAUCAUGAGAUUUUACAAUAGCUCUUUACGUCUGAUUUUAUAUACGUUUAUAACUAUAACGGGUUUAUGUGACAAAAGCGAUCCAAGGAGUGACCAAGGAUAUCCCUCAGGACUUAUGUCAGUAUGUCCAGGCUCGACAAAGCCCGCCAGUAUUCCUCGGAGCCAACUCAAGUACCUGCUGUUCGUAGUACAAGGUCGCGGUCACACGAGAAAGAAGUACAACUACUGGACCGCCAGGAACAUCGCUAAGGACCCAAGGAUCAACUUUACAAGGAAGACCCUCCUCCUGGCAUUGGGCUACCUGGACAGCACCAACUUCCCGAUAUCCUCGAUGCUGGCCAACGAGUACGAGGCGAGGGAGUACAACAUCAUCAUGGUGGACUACCAGCGGUUCGCCACGGUGCACUACUACUUAGCCAGCAGACUAAUGCGUCCGGUGGGAAAGCACGUGGCUGAAGUACUGACACAACUGAUGGAAUCAGGGUUGAAUCCUUCAAAAUUAGAGCUGCUUGGGUUCAGUCUCGGAGGCCAAACCGUCAGCUACAUAGCCAAGAACUUCCAGAGAUUCACCGGCCGAAACAUCUCCAAGAUAACAGCAUUGGAACCGUCAGGACCCUGCUUCAGGACACUCGGUCCUGGUGAUAGAUUGGACUCCUCCAACGCAGAUUUCGUCGAAGUCAUACACACCAAUAUAGAUGGCUACGGAAUGGCUACCAAAAUGGGGCAUGUGGAUUUUUUUGUGAAUGGCGGAGAAUACCAACCUUCUGAGCUGUUACUUUACCCCUGCACUUCUACUUGCAGUCAUUUCAGAGUGCUGGCUCUUUGGGUUUCAGCGUUGAAAAACCCAAAGGAAUUCAUCGCUAUCAAAUGUGACAGUAUCCAGCAAGCGAGAGACGCCAAAUGUUAUGAUCGACGUCCCGUCGAAACCAAUGUGAUGGGUCCUAAAGUGAAUAGGAGUAGUCAUGGAAUUUUUUACUUGUCCACUGGCAAGGGGUAUCCUUACUACUUGGGUGCCAAUGGCCUCAAUGCAAAUUAUGCUUCUUGGAGACAAAUUUCCUAUGUUAAUGAAAGUGAUGAUGUCGAAAUUUAUACUUAAGACCUAAGUGUUAAUAAUCAAUUAAUAACUUAAUUUCAGUAUUACUAAUUAAUUAAGGAUAAUGUAAUUGUUUAAUUUAAGCCUAAGUAAGUAUUUAUUUAUGAUGCAAAACUACCGUGCAAAAAUAACUAUAAGGUAAGGAAACGCAC